ACGUUCCAAUUCUCUACAUCUCUCAUGAAACUUUCAAUGCGAUGAACACAUGCAGAAUUAUGACUGAGAUGUGGCCAGGACCGCCUUUCAGGACAUGGACGACAAAACCCCGCCAACCGCCCAGCCAACCGCUCAACCGGCAAGCAGCGCCGUGAAGCAGGCUGCGUGUCUCAAUUGCCGAAGGAGCAAGACGCGAUGUAUUCGGAAAGCAGGGGAUACGACAUGUAGGCGGUGUAUACAAACAGCUGCCGAGUGUGUAAUUCCGGAUUACCGCGUGGGACGGAAAAAGGGUAUCAAGAAUAAACGGGAGGGCUUGGAUAAGGCCGUAUUUUGUAUUGAGCAGGCGAUUAAGAAGUCAAGGAUUAGGAGGGGGGAUGGGAAAGACAUUUCUCGUUUGCAGAGUCUUUUGAGGGAGGCGAGGGAGAUUCUCCCUAGAGAGUCUGAGGGUGAUGCAGCGUCGGUGACGGUAUCACCAGAUGCCACUCCCCCCUUACAGAUACAAGCACCGGAAGCCCAGAAUCGGAGCCAACGGUCAGUGUCGUGGGUUGAGAGUAAUAUUGUUUCGGAUGAUAACUACUCUGUUGACGAUGCGGAAAACCCACUUCAGCUUCUCGCCAGGGCAUCAGAUCUUUCCGUCCCUUCGGUUCCGCAAACGUAUGCCCCCAAUAUCCUUCCCUCCGCUCAGAUCUUACGUCAGGACAUUGGUCGGCAAUAUGACCUGCAAACGUUUUUCGGUCCAAUUCGGGCGAAUUUGGAUCUUGGAGAAGAUAUUGAUCCAGUAGAUAUGGGUCUAGUAAAUCUGGAGGAGACCGAUAUGCUGUUUAACUACUUUUACCAGAACCUGUCACACACCAGAUGGGGUCUGGAUCGAUUGCUUCACACUCCUACUUUUGUUCGAAGCCGAUCCGCUUUUCUUUUCACAUCUAUAUUAGCUGCUUCUGCUCUGUUCAUGCCAUCAACCCCAGCUCUGUCACGAAGACUGUCAACGCACUGCAGGUUCCUAGCCCGUCACGUUACUAUGAAUAGGUAUCGCUCACCAGAGAUUGUGCUGGCUUUCAUGAUUAACAUUCCGUGGAUGUCUCCCGGAAAACACUGGUCAGAUGAUGAGACUUGUUCGUUCAUGGCUUCGGCGCUGACGAUAGCUAUUGAUAUUUCUCUUGACAAGGUCAUUGUUCCCUCCUUUAGUAAUUCUAAAGUCGUUCCUCCACAGAUAGCACAAUCAGAGUGUAUCGCGGCCAGAAAAGCUUUGGAUCUUGAUGGUUUCCAACAUAUUGCUCCAUCUUCGGCCUUGGGGAGGAGAUUAUUGAGGUGCAGGGAGAGGGUUUGGCUUGCUCUAUUUGUUCUGGAUAGAGGUGUUUGUCUGGCUCGAGGGAGAAGUUAUACUGUCCCGGUUACGCCGCUCAUCGAGUCCUGCGAUGAAUGGCACAAAUCUGACCUGGCUGACAUCUGGGAUGGCUCUAUCAUAUCCUCGACAGUUUUGAGACGAGACCUGGUUAAUCUAAUAACCACUAUCAAAGACAAAUGUCACCACAAUAUUGAGAUUACCUCUUCAAUCCUGCAGGAAAUGAUAGAAGGCUUCUUCACCCGCUGGUAUGCCACAUGGGCAUUUGCCAUCGGAGGAGACAAGGGAAACAUACCCCCUUACGUCGAGAUAUUGGUAACGCAUGGCAGACUAUCUAUUUACAGCAGUGUGAUCAAUCACCCUACCGCUCCAAUUCACGUGAAGCGAUUCUUCCGCUCCGCCAGCCUCUCAUCCGCUCUAAACGUAAUGCGAGCAGCAGUUCAAGGAGAAAGCCGCUUGAAAUCCAUGCCCAACAACACCGUGAUUAUGAUAUCUUUUGCAGCGAUGAUUUGUUUCCGCCUGAGCACCAUGGGCAGCACCUCAAACCAACGCCUCGCGCCUAGCAUCAGGAUCCUGAUCGAGGAAACCGCUGAUGUGCUGGAGAGGAUCGGUACUAUCCCGCCCCAUCGAAAAGGAAUCUCUGCUAUAUACGGAAGACAUCUUCGUAAUGUAAUCGGAGGAACGAAGGAUACCCUCCGCGGCGAACAAGCAAUCACAAUGCCACCUCGGAACCAAAUAGUCCCAAAACAACCAGAAGGUCAUGUCUUGGAACCGAUUCAGUUCUCGGCCAUGUCGGAUGAUCAGAUAGUGCAGACUAUUAAUAAUUCAGGAGAGGAGUUUGGAAAUCACUCACUGGGCUUUCAGAUUGAUGAGAGAAGUGAGCUGGAUUGGUUGGAUUGGUUUAAUAUGGAUGUUACUACGUAGGAGGAGGUGCUCAAAAGCAAACUAAGGUAUUGAUUUUGGGUUGGGCUAGAAUGUUCCCGGUUCCCAGGAUCUGUAAAUCUUGGAAUGGAAACAAACACAUCUCAUCUUCUAGAAUCAUGAAUCUACUGCCCUCCUCCAUACCUUGGUUUAUCCAUGAGGAUCAUCUCACUUAGC